UCGAUUGAAUCGACGUUUUCGCCAGCGGUAGUAGCAGUCCCUGGGCAGGCAGAAUGCAACUGCGUGGUGACACGGAACGACGGACCUAGUUCGCUAAAUUUGGACACACGUGCAAUUUCUGAACACGUGUGGGUCGAGCGACCACGUGGGCCGCGUGUACAGAGAAACAAGUGCUGCACAUCGUCCGGUGAGUGCAUUCAGAAAAAACUGUGAUAUAUCUCCACUAUCGGGCGAAAUGGCUCGUAGAGAAUGAAACACCAUUUUAGCCGAACGAGAAAUAAUCCAGAAGAAUCACUGCCAAUUGUCGAAUGAACGAAUAACUCGCUCCGAAAGCGUUAACCUUUGACGAUGGUAUUUUGAGAGAAAUAAACGUUCACGAGCUCGCAGUUAACUAGUGUUUCUUCCAGAAAGUCCAUUUUAACGUGUAUAGGAUAGAGGCAUAUUCGAAAUAUGUAAUGAGACAUAUCUAUGUAUUAGAGACAAAAAAAUGUGAUAUAGUUUAUAGUAAUUUACCAAUUUAUAGAAGACACUUGUAAGUAAAUUAGACAGGAACAUGUAUUGUUAAAUCAAAGACAAGAGCUGUAUCGCUAAAAGACUGAUAGCAUAAGGAAAUACGAGCAGGAAUUCUCAUCAGUUGACAUAACAGAGGUAUAGAGUUAUGGCCCAAGAAGAACCGAUAUCUAAGAAGCUUAAAUAUUCCGUCAUCUCGGAUCAUGUAUAUUCGUCUAACUUUCAACAACUUUUCCAUGACCAUUGGCACAAUUUCAGUGAUGUAAAGAAGGACAAUCUUGAGAUUAUAUCGAAACCCUUUAGAAUAUGCAAAAUUUCAAAUUUUUUAUCCAACGAAGAAUUCAUGGAUGAAAUAAAGAAUGAAUUGUUAGAUGUCAAAAGUAGAAGAAAUAGUAUAGAUCUUUAUCAGUUUGAGCAGACCAGCGAUCUUGCCAACAUCGACACUAAAAACUUGAAGCUUUUGUACAAAACUUUUCAAACAGACUUAGCGAUAUGGAUGGAACGCAACACUAAGAUAGAACUUAAUAACAAAAUAUCAAUGUCCAGCGCUUGCUAUUCCGAUACCGACUAUUUGCUUUGCCACGACGACAACAUAGGCGAUCGCAGAAUUGCUUUUAUAUUGUAUCUUUCAAAAAACUGGACCACCGAGGAUGGAGGAGCCUUGGAUUUAUUUGACACGGAUGACAAUGGAUUGCCUAGAAAUGUUGUAAGAUCGUUAGUACCGGAAUACAACUCUCUUGUAUUCUUUGAAGUUGUAGAUAAUUCUUACCAUCAAGUAGCUGAAAUAACUUCACCCGAUAAAUCUCGUUGGACUAUUAAUGGUUGGUUUCAUGGACCUCUUAAAGAAAGUACCAGGCCUCCAAGACCAGAUAUAGAAGUAAAUUAUAUAGAACCAAUUAAUACCCAGGUAGAUUUGGACAAUUGGAUAACAAAGUGCUACUUAUUUUCUGAUAUUGUUAAAGAAAUUCAGCAAGACGUAGAACAAGAAUCAUUUGCAUUUUUAUCUAAUUUUUUAAGAGAAGAUAUUUAUGAAAAAUUAUCAUCAGAUCUAUCAUCGACUGUAAUUGUUUGGCAAAAAGUUGGUCCAGCAGAUAUCCGCAAUUAUGAAGUAGCAAAAGAGGAGACCCUCCCUGAGCUACUGAAACAGUUUUACAAUAUAUUUAAAUCUGUUUCUAUGUUUCAAUUGCUGAAGGACUACACAGAAUUGGAUCUUGUACCGGAUAAGGAGACCAUCAAACCCAAAAUGACCAUAGAACUGCAAAGGUGGUCGAAAGGUUGCUACACGUUGAUAUCCGACAAAUCUGCGCUUCCCAUGAGCGAAAAGAAAUCCAGUAGCAACGGAUGCACAAAUCAAAAUGAAGAGGGGCAAGAGGACUCGUCGGAUAUACCGAGGACGAGCAAAAGCGGUAAAAGCCUCCAAGAAAAAAUCAGCAGCGAUGACAAAAGCGCAGAGUCGGGUUGCGAUACUCCUCUAAGUAACAAAGAGGACGAGGAGAUCGACGAGGAUGAGAUACUGAAAAAGAUACUGAAAGGGAAAUCUCCCCGAUCGAAGAAGAAAAACUUAUCCCAGCAAUCGUCCUCGUCCAAAUUAGAGACUCUUUCGCCUCAAAAAUUAGGUAGGCUUUUGGACACCGAUGAUUCGGACGUAUCGGACAUAGGGGAUUACUUGUCGGACCCUUUGGAUUGUUCUCUCGAAUGUUCCGAUCAGGAAGAUCAGGAAGACAUAGAGGAUACGAACGUUUCAGAACCAGGUGCUCUCGAUGUGAUAAUUCAAUUUCAUACGAAUCAUGUACCCGAGGACGACACGAUAGAUUACGUAGAUCCUAAAGAGCAAGAGGGUGCUCUGAUUCACGUACCUGCAAAAAACAACCACCUCUGUCUGGUCUACAAGACGCUGGGUACUUGUCGGCUUCAGAAAUAUGUGAAUCAUUACUGUAAAGAUUACUUUUACAAUCUGAUUUGUACAUAUUACGAAUAGUAAUUCCACUCGCUGGGUGUCCGAAUCGAUUGUGACGCGAUCCGCGGAUGACUUGGGAAUUGUAUAAUGAAUUGCGGACGAGAAGCGUGCGCCUUAAAAAAAUGUAUCAUAGUAUUCGUAUUAAUAAAAUUGUCAGUAUUUAUCGUCGGAUA